CCGCUGGCGGGUGCUAUUGCUCGCCCGAGUCACGUGGCGGGGGAAGCGGGAAUGCGUCGUUCCCCUUUCCUAACCACCCCCCCCCGUCCGCCAUGUUUUCAGGCCGGGGCUGGCUUGGUCUUCCACCGUAAGGAAAUGGCCGAGGAAGCCCAGGAAACCCAGGCGUCGUUGCUUUGGCGCAACCUGGGCUGACGAGGAGGGGGAGCGGAUUAAACCCUAGCAGGUCUGCGCAGGGUAGGGAGGCCAUGGCGUCCAGCAGUAGCUGGCUGUCUGGGGUGAAUGUCGUGCUGGUGAUGGCCUACGGGAGCCUGGUGUUUGUACUGCUGUUUAUUUUUGUGAAGAGGCAAAUCAUGCGCUUUGCUAUGAAAUCUAGAAGGGGACCUCAUGUCCCUGUGGGACACAAUGCCCCCAAGGAUUUGAAAGAGGAGAUUGAUAUUCGACUCUCCAGAGUUCAGGAUAUCAAGUAUGAACCCCAGCUCCUUGCAGAUGAUGAUGCGAGACUGCUGCAGCUGGAGACCCAGGGGAAUCAGAGUUGCUAUAACUACCUGUACAGAAUGAAAGCUCUGGACGCCAUCCGUGCCUCUGAGAUCCCGUUUCGUGCUGAAGGCCGGCAUCCUCGUUCCUUAAUGGGCAAGAAUUUCCGCUCCUACCUGCUCGAUCUGCGAAACACUAGUACUCCUUUCAAGGGUGUGCGCAAGGCCCUCAUCGAUACCCUGCUGGAGGGCUAUGAGACAGCCCGCUACGGGACAGGGGUCUUUGGCCAGAAUGAGUACCUGCGCUAUCAGGAGGCCCUGAGUGAGCUGGCCACCGUGGUGAAAGCGCGAAUUGGAAGCUCUCAGCGACAACACCAGUCAGCAGCCAAAGACCUAACUCAGUCCCCUGAAGUCUCCCCAACUACCAUCCAGGUGACAUACCUCCCCUCCAGUCAGAAGAGUAAACGUGCCAAGCACUUCCUCGAAUUGAAGAGCUUUAAGGACAACUACAACACACUGGAGAGUACUCUGUGACAGAGCUGAAGGACUCUCACUGUAGACUGAGCCAGACAGACUCAGUGUGCAAGACAGGCUGCUCGCUGGGCCCCGAUGUAUCAGCUGACGCGCCCGUUGUGUCCAGGGUUCAUAGGGCUUGCACUGUGAUCUCCAACUCAUUAUUAGGAGCAUUUUCAGAACAUCAACUCAGACUUUAUUUCCACUAGUAGCACUUUUUCUGGAUUUCAGUUGAUAUAUCAUUGUUAAUGUUUCUGUCAAAGCUUCCUUAAAAAUCUUUACUUGGUUGGCAACAAGCAUCAUGCUGCAGUACAUCAAGCGCCGGCACUGGAACACCCACAUCCCGUAUUGGAGUGCCAGUCUGAGUCCUGGCUACUCCACUUCUGAUCCAGCUACCUGUUAAUGCUCCUGGGAGGCUGUGGAUGAUGGCCCAGGUACUUGAGUACCUGCCAUCCACAUAGGAGAACUGGGUGGAAUUCCUCCUGGCUCCACCUUGGCUAUUGCAGGUGAUUGGGGAAUAAACCAACAAAUGGGAGAUCUAUCACUCUGCCUUUCAAAUAAAUCUUUUUAAAAAAAGUCUUUUAAAAAUAAAUCUUGACACCAAUGUUGUGGCACAGUGGGUAAGCCACUGCUUAUUAUGCCGGCAUCCUAUAUUGGAAUGGCUGUUCAAAUCCCGGAUACUCCACUUCCAACCCAGUUUCCUGCUAAUGUGCCUAGGACAACAGUGGAAGAUGGUCCAAGUACUUGGGCUCCUGUUACCCAUGGAGGCCAUCUGGAUGGAGUUCCUGGUUUCUGGCUUCAACUAGCUGUUGUGGCCAUUUGGGAAGUAAACCAGCAGAUGGAAGAUAUCCCUCUCUCCCCCGGCUCUUAGCCUCCCCUCCCUCCUCCAUCUCUAGCUUUCAAAUAAAUCUUUAAUAAAAAAAAUAUUUACUUGG